AUGAGCUCGUUCGCAACUCUUAGAACAUCCUUGGCCCACUCACAGCAGCCCUCAGCAGCCGCAACAAAGGCCGUCAAGUCCCUCUUCCUCCAACCCGGAAGCAAUCAGCGCUACCUCUCCACCACCACAUCUUCCUUUGCAACCUUCGCAAGACCCUGUUCCAUCAUCACCCCCGCCUCAACCAUCCGCUACCGCCAAGAAACCGCCCAACCUCAAAAGCAACAAAACCGCGCCUUCUCACUCUUCAACAAAAACUCCUCAGACACGCUCACAGCCGCAAAGGCAGAGGAAGCCUCCCGGAUCCCCAAAGCCGUCCAGAACGACAUCCCCAGCGUCCUGCUCCACGAGGCCCACCCAAAACCGAUGCUGGACGAGUUCAUGGGCAAGAAGCGUCUCACGACAAAGGACCUUGAGGCCAUCCCGAUCGAUUUGCAGUACCAUCGUGAGCCCGCCAAUGUCUCAGACUGGGUUGCUUACCAGACUGUGAAGGCCAUGCGGUUCCCGACAGACAUCUUCUUCAGGACAAAGUAUAUCCAUCGUGUCGUCGCCCUCGAGACCGUUGCCGCCGUGCCAGGAAUGGUAGCAGGUAUGCUCCGUCACUUGAGAUCGCUCCGUCGGUGCAGCCACGACGGCGGCUGGAUCUCCCAUUUGUUGCACGAGGCCGAGAACGAGCGCAUGCAUCUCCUCACCUGGAUGAAGGUCUCUCAACCGACCCUCUUUGAACGUGCCCUCGUCACCGCCGUCCAGGGUGUCUUCUUUAAUGUCUUCUUUGCGCUUUAUAUGGUCUCUGAUAGGACCGCCCACCGUGUCGUCGGAUACUUGGAAGAACAAGCCGUAAUCUCAUAUACACACAUGCUGGACGAGAUCGACGCCGGUGUGCUCGAGAAUGGACCCGCCCCCAAGAUCGCAAUCGACUAUUGGAACCUCGAAGAAACCGCAACCGUCCGCGAUGUCUGCCUCGCCAUCCGUCUUGACGAAAACGUCCACAUGUUGACUAACCACCAUCUCUCAGACCGCAUCGCCCUCAAGCAGGAAGACCUCAGGGUUGACAUUCAUAAACUCCAGCAGGAACAGGGAAUGGUCCCUACGCAAAACGCAGAGAAAGUCUGGACAAAGGGAAACAAGUACUAA